AUGGGACCAGGGUUUGCCCAGCACGUUGCGGGCCUAAAAGGGACCGAAACGAAGACUUUGGCCGAUCUCGUGGAGUUCAAUCAGAAAUUCCCUGAACGCUCGUACUCAGAGGAACCCCCCGCUCAAAAAUACCUUGAAUCGGCUCUUGAUCAGAAAAUGACCCUGGAAGAGUACCAGGAUGCAUUAUUGGAGGCUAGAAAAAUCGCCAUCGAAGAAGGUAUUAUUGAAACUCUAGUUUCGUAUAAUUUGGAUGCCCUUGUUCUUCCUGCUUGGACGGAAAUGGGCAUCUAUGCCGCAUGGGCUCAAGCCCCAACUGCCACCGUACCUCUUGGGAAGUACAGAGAUGGUAAACCUUACGGUCUAGGGUUUGUGGCUCGUCGUUUUGAUGACGGCAAGCCACUACAAAUUAUGAAUUUAUACGAGAAAACCUUUGCCCCUCGGGCAGUUCCCGAAAAAAAUGCGAUGGAAACGAUGGGAAAGGUGCCUACCUCGCGAUUAUCUCGGAGUAUUCUGAUCCGCGGAUCCACGAGCAAUAGAUUAUCUCAGGUUCUAGGGGCCUUUUCCCCCAUAAGAAUCUUUGCCACCUGGCUCAGCAUGUGA